ACGCGGUCACGUGGUGAAGUGCAGUCAGUCGCGGUGCCGUGCCUCGAGCCAGCGCUGAGUGGAGCCUGUCUGCCAACAGCUUCAGCAGCGGCUCUAUCUGGAUCCUACUCUGUGACAAUUAAAGGAGGGCCCCUUUUCUUCUUCAUUUCGAGGAUUAUUCUUCACCAUGGGCGACAAAAAGAGCCCUACCAGGCCGAAAAGACAAGCCAAGCAGACCGCGGAUGAAGGCUACUGGGACUGUAGUGUCUGCACCUUCAGGAACACAGCCGAGGCUUUCAAAUGCAGCAUCUGCGAUGUGAGGAAGGGCACAUCCACAAGGAAACCCAGGAUAAACUCUCAGCUGGUUGCCCAGCAGGUGGCCCAGCAGUACCCGAUGCCUCCCCCAGCCAAGAAGGAACGGAGGGAGAGAAGCGAGCGCACGGACAAGGAGCGCCCGGAGGUGGAAGGAGAACGAGCUGCCGGAGAGGGACGCCCGGAGGGAGAGCGUCCAGAUAGAGUAAGACCCGAAGGGGACGACCCCGAGGUGGUCAAGAGCGACAAGGAGCAGCCCAUCAAAGACAAGCCAGACAGAGAGAAGGACAUCAGCCUGCCUGUAACGAAGAAGCCCAGCAGCAAAAAGACCAGACCCAAAUCAGACAGCCACCAGAGUCCACCCAGUGACAAACAGAGCAUACAGUCUGGAAAAUCAGCAGGCAAGACCAACAAGAACUCUCACAUUUCCAGACCCAAACUGAAGAACAUCGACCGGAGCACCGCCCAGCAGUUGGCCAUCACCGUGGGGAACGUGACGGUGAUCAUAACGGACUUUAAGGAGAAGACCCGCUCCUCAUCCACAUCCUCGUCCACCAUCACGUCCAGCAUCGGCUCCGAACAGCAGCACCAGAGCUCCGGCUCCGAGAGCAUGGACAAGGGCUCGUCGCGCGCCUCCACCCCGAAGGGGGAUAUCUCUGUGGGCCACGACGAGUCAUUCUGAGACCCCCCCCCCCCCCCAAGCAUCCUGAUCCCUCUCCCCCUCACCAAAUGUUUCUGGACACUAUGGAUCCCAUAAGGGGAGAGAUGUCACCAUUCCCAUAGCUACCCUGCUUCCAUCCCAUGAUGAACCCUGGAUGCUAAGAGGAGUUUUCUGGCUGAGAGGAACAAUACGAUGCUGCGUUCAGGGACACAACACCCUGCACAAUGCUGCGUUCAGGGACACAACACCCUGCACAAUGCUGCGUUCAGGGACACAACACCCUGCACAAUGCUGCGUUCAGGGACACCAACACCCUGCACGGGGAACUUCCCUUGUGGUUACAUUCAUGGUGUGGGCGAGGCGAGCUGGACUACACGGAGUAACCCCCUCCCUAACGGUAGCAUCCGGACACUUGUAUGUAUUGUUUUAUAUUUGUACGUGGAUGUGAGGCCAAGUUUCUUUCUGUUUGUUCUGUUUUUGUAAAGAAAAAUUCUCCGCUGGGCACAAUAACCACCACCGUUUUAGUAACUAUUACCUUAUUUAUUACCUGUUGCACCUGUAUACUUUGAUAUUCUCCUUAUGUUCAAGCUUUGCCGUGUAGCUCUGCUGGUUGAUCGUUCCUUCACUCUUUCUAUUGAAAAUGUUAGGCUAACACACACACACACACACACACACACACUGGUGCUAGAAACACUGUGAAGCGGUUUAGCAGAUCUGGGCUGCUGAUGAAUCAACACUGUCUCCCUGAACGCGUCGGAGGCGGAGGCCAGGUCCUCGUCCUCCGCCAGGUCCUCGUCCUCCUCUAGACUCGGGUUGAGCUGGCUCUGCAGAGCUCACGGCCUGAACUGUACAGUGUCGGCUGUCGUGUCAAACACUAAAAAUCUGUUAUUUCCUGAAUUCUGUAACUCAGUGUUGAGUUUUUGUGGCAGAAGUUUGAGCCAUAGUUUUGUCUUUCUUCUUCUGGCGACUGAAGGAUGCAGCUCCGCUCGGUGAAACCAGAUGUCCCUGAAGGCAACGUUGAAUCUUCAUCCUCUCAACACAGGAAACAAGUUCGAACAACCACAACUCACCUGACUUGUUUGUUUUUAUUUGUAUUAAUUUAAGACUCCUGUCACUGAAGGCAAAGAAAUAUUACAGUACUUAAUGAAAUACAGUCGUCCUUUGGAUUUCCUAACAGCGAGGUUUAUGUAAGGGGUUUUAAUUUCACCUUAGCUGAUAGUAGACCAACAUAAUUUCCUUUUAACUGUAUGAAAUUGUAUAAAGAAUAAAUGUGUAUAUGAUAUCUUAGUUUUAUUUAUUGAAGGACCAAAGGAAUUUCAUAAUGACAUGAUACAUAGAAAAAUAACGAUUUGAAAUGCAAUUAUCUAAUGUGUGAGAUGAAUAACAGUUUAAAUAAAGACUAAUAUAAUCCA